AUGAAGGUCGGCUAUGUGUAUGACGAGCGCUACUUGUGGCAUCGACCGUGGAGCCAGCAGUACUCUGCAUUUGUUGAGCCGUUCCGUCACUGGGAGUCACCGGAGACUAAGCGUCGCUUCCACUCGCUGUUAGCGGUGUCAGGGCUUCUGGAUCAACUUGUAACUAUCAGGCCCCAGAUCGCAACGAUGAUCCAGUUGGAACGUGUACAUACCCGUCGAUAUUUGGAAGAGCUGGAGCAACUAUCAGCUCGGGAGGAAGGUGGCAAUGCCGGAGAGGAAGCUCCAUUUUCUCAGUUAGCCUUUGACAUUGCGCGGCUAUCGGCUGGAGGAGUCCUCGCUGCUGUCGAUGCAGUGAUGGAGGGUCGGGUGGAUACUGCUUACGCCCUCACGCGUCCACCGGGACACCAUGCAGUCGCAGAUAGAGGCAUGGGCUUCUGUCUCCUAAACAAUGUAGCCAUUACAGCUAAACAUUUGCUGGAAACAUACUCGUCUCAGAUCAAGAAGAUCGCCAUUGUGGACUAUGAUGUCCAUCACGGUAAUGGGACCCAAGAAGCUUUUUACGACGAUGAUCGCGUGUUGUUUGUGUCACUUCAUCAAGCAAACAAUUAUCCAGCAGAUACGGGGAAAAUCACGGAGAGAGGAGAAGACAAAGGACUCGGAUUUACCGUCAACGUGCCAUUGCCGCCAGGAUCCGGGUCGGGGGCGUACGAAUACGCUUUUAGAAACGUCGUGAUACCAUCGCUGGAAAGCUUCAAACCAGAUUUUGUGCUGGUGUCGUCGGGCUUCGACGCAUCUUACGCCGAUCCAUUGGCAGCGAUGAUUCUGAGUAGUAGCGUGUUCCGAUUCAUGGCACAUGAAGUCGUUGAUGUAGCCAAGCGAAUCUGCGCAGGGCGGAUUGUGUUCGCACAUGAAGGAGGAUAUUCAGAGACGUAUGUCCCGUUCUGCGGCGCCGCAGUGAUUGAGGAAUUGCUGGGGAUUCAAGACGUUGACAAGCAGAUAAAGGAUCCAUUUCUAAGCGAAGUGGAGCGGUGGGAGUACCAAGAGCUGCAAGAACACCAGAAGAAAGUGGUGGACGCUGUUCUUGAGUUACACGCCACACCCAAACAGACGUAG